AUGAAGCUGGCCACUGGCUUCUUGAUUUUGUGGCUCAGCCUGUGGGGUGGCCCAGCUCGGAGUGACACCAGCCCUGAUGCAGAGGAGUCCUAUUCAGACUGGGGCCUUCGGCACAUCAGGGGCAGUUUUGAAUCUGUCAACAGCUACUUCGAUUCCUUUCUGGAGCUGCUGGGAGGGAAAAAUGGAGUCUGUCAGUACAGAUGCCGAUACGGAAAGGCACCAAUGCCCAGACCCGGCUACAAGCCUCAGGAGCCCAACGGCUGCAGCUCCUAUUUCCUGGGUCUUAAGGUACCAGAAAGUAUGGAUUUGGGCAUUCCAGCAAUGACCAAGUGCUGCAACCAGCUGGACGUCUGUUAUGACACCUGUGGUGCCAACAAGUAUCGCUGUGAUGCAAAAUUCCGAUGGUGUCUCCACUCUAUCUGCUCAGAUCUGAAGCGGAGUUUGGGUUUUGUCUCCAAUGUGGAAGUAGCCUGUGAUUCUCUGGCUGAUACUGUGUUCAAUACCGUAUGGACCUUGGGCUGCCGACCUUUCAUGAAUAGCCAAAGGGCAGCCUGCAUCUGUGCAGAAGAGGAGAAAGAAGAGUUAUGAGAAAGAGGUGAUCCCUUCCUGGUUUUGAGUGAUGCCACAGCUGUCAGUCUCAGAGAUGGUAGUGUGGCAGAUGUGUCUCAUCCUUGCUUCCAAAUGUUUGGAUAACACAAAGCAAGAGAAAGGAAAUAUUGUUCUACAGCUGAAACGUGAGUCCCAUCCUUUGGGAGAACUGGAAAAAAGACAUGGAGCGAUUUGAAGACUACUCUUUAUUUUACCAAUGGUCUCCCCAACCAAGAAACAUUUGCCUGGCAAUUCAGUUCUUAGUUUAAAGACUAAAAUAAAGACUAAAAUAUUGGGA